AUGACAGCUGGGGAACCCGUUUUCGUGCUUCGCACGGAUCCGGAAGGGCUCGGCGAUGCAGCAGAGGGAUUCACAGGGAGGGAUGGGGGCACUCCGCGCGUCGGCAUUAGCAGCAACCGCGCGAAGCACGCGAAGCAGUUAUCUCGCCAGCAGUCUCCCUCCCGUUCCCGUAGUCCGCGCAAUCUUCCGUUAAGGCGCCUCGCUUCCACAGGAUCAGCCGCCGGCGCUUCUAUGUCCGCGUCGCCUUCUCUCGCCCACUCUACCACGAUAACUAUCGGCCCGCCUUCCCCCGCUGCCUCCUCCGCCUCCCCAUCCCGGGGGAAGAAUUUCCCUCGCGCCACUCUCGGGGGAGGGCUAGGCGGACGUAACUCCCCCUCCGCCGGCCGCCGACCGUUCUCCGCGACCGCGGCGCCUGGAAGUUCGCCGAAACCGCCGCUGUCGCCGUCUGCGGCGGCAUCGGGUGGUAAUCCGCAGGGAGAGUGGGAGCUGAUGUGGCGAGAUGCCGUGACGCGCACGGAAGCGACCGCGCGGGGAUUAGUGGGUCCGCUGCAGCGGGGGGCGGAGGAGGCUCCCGCGCGGAUCCAACGCGGAGUGAUGGACGGCGCAGUGGCGAUCGGCGGAGUUGCGAAUGCGGUGAAGGUCCGCGCGCUGGCGACGGCGAAGGCGGCGUUCGGGUUAUUGGACCGGCUGGACGGCGAUCGCCUGCACUGCCCGCGCUGCAAGGGGUCGGGGCUGCUCUCGCCGUCGCAGGCCUGGUCGCGCCUGCUGCGCCCUGCGCCCUCCGCCGCCAACGAGCCCUGCUGGUUCUGUCAAGGCAUAGGCGUUAUGCCCAUCUUCGACCUCUCAGGCUUCCUCGUCGCCCGCUGCCCGCCGCUCGUCUCCUCCCGCCACGCCUCCUCCGCCACGCUCCGCUUCUCCUCCUUCCAGCUCUUUCUCGGAAAGUUCCCCGGCACGCGCACGCGCCUCGUCACCUCGCGCCUGCCCCGCAUGCUGCGCCACGCCAUAUUCGCCCCGGCUCUCGGCCCCUUCUGCAAUGCCUCCCAGGAUGAGGCUUCGUCUCAGGAGUCUCAGGACAAGUCCCCUAAGUCUAGUCCCAGGCGCACUAACACCCCGAGUGCCGAUACGAGUAGCAUAUGGGGUGCUCUCUCCUCGCCCCUACGCCCUGGCACGCCGGGCUCUGCCCGCACCCCUGGGUCGCCACAAACCUCUGGCACCACCACCCCCAUGGCUGCUGCAGGGGCGUUGAGUAGCAGCACUGCAGGGGCGGGAGGGGCGGGAGAUGGCAGUGGGUUAGACGAGGAGGCUGCAGGAGGGGCGGGUGAGUAUUGGGCGGCAGGGGGCGGGGGCGAGAUUGGGCAGCAGAGUCCACGAUCGCGGUCGCCUCGGAGGGAGAGGAACAAAGUGCGGGAGAAGGCGGAGCGGCAGGCGGUGGAGAGGGCGAGGGUGAUGCAGCGGAGCAGCAGUGGGAGGGGCAGCAGCGCCGGCAUUGGCGAGGCAGCAGAGGCUCUAGAAGGAGACUCGCAAGGCGGAGCAAACGACCUGUGGUGGAUUGUGGGUGCGCGCAUCCGUGCUGCAGGCUCCUCCUUUGCUCCAUCCAUGGACUUCCCCUCCUCCCACUCCACCAGCUUCAGCCUCAUUCCCUCCACCCCGAGAGCCACGCAGGCAGGCAACACCGACAGCAAGAAGCCGUCAGAGUGA